UGCUGCCAUGGCCGCCAACAUGCUGCAGGUCGUCGCGGGGACGUACGAAGGAAUGCUGUACGGCUGGGAGGCCUCGAUGGACGACCUCCUCGCCAAGAAGGCCAAGCUCAAGAUGAUCUACGGCUACCCGGCGCACACCGAGUGCAUCAAGUCGAUCGCGAUGAUGAUGGAGCAUGACGGCAAGACGCUCCUCACGGGCAGCACGGACGAAAUGAUCAAGAUCUACAACGUCAAGCGCAAGGUCGAAGUCGGUAUCCUCAUGCAGCACAAGGGCGCCGUCACGUGCCUCGAGUACUAUGGCAAGUCGCACGUGCUCAGUGGCAGCGCCGACAACACGAUCUGCAUCUGGCGCACGUCCGACUGGAACUGCGUCCACAUCCUCGGCGGCCACAAGGCGCCCGUCAACUCGAUCGCGGUGCACCCGAGCGGCAAGCUGGCGUUCUCGGUCGCGCGCGACAAGACGCUCCGCAUGUGGAACUUGGUCAAGGGCCGCUCGGCGUACAUUCGCCGCCUCGACCAGGAAGCCUCCGAGGUGUUCCUUUCCCACGACGGCAACCGCUAUGGUCUCGUCAUGGGCCGCGACGUCUCUCUCUUUGGCGCUGCCAACGCCGACCUCCUCGCCGUCCUCGAGCACAAGAAGAAGGUCAACACGGCGGCGUUUGCGACCAGCGACCUCGUCGUCUGCGGCCUCGACGACGGCAGCUUUUACAUUCACCGCGCGUCCGGCGGCGUCGUCGCCGAAGUCAAGCACGCGUCGCUGGACGCACGCAUCCGUUGCAUGCAGAUCGUGGCCAAGCCGGACGAGAGCGCGCUGCCGUUCAUCGUGCUCGCGACGUCCAAGGGCGUCGUGCAGGUGUGGGACCUCGCCGACUUUACGCUCAACGGCGACGACACGGUCGCGGCCAACGCCGACGUGCAGCCGGUCGUGUCGACCAAGAUGUAUGGCUCGGCGCUCGUGACGGCGCUCUCGGCGUGCAAGACGUCGCACGCGCACGGCGACGAAGAGGUGCCCGAGCCGAUCGUGGAGAAGAAGCCCAAGGCCAAGAAGGCGGCUUCGACCAAGGACAUUGUGCCCACGGUCGUCGUCGAGCACGAGGUCUCGGGUCUCUCCAAGGGCCAGAAGAAGAAGGCCAAGCGCAAGGCGGCGAUGGAGGCCGAGGCGCCCAAGGAAGCGGCGCCCAAGGAAGCGGCGGCCAAGAACAAGAACAAGAAGGCCAAGAAGACGCCCACGACGUCGAAAUAACUAUCUCUAAUACAUGUAGACUCUGCUCCGUG